AUGUCGAAACGAGAACCAUCUAAUAAAAUGAAAUUGGGCCCGUGCAUAAAAAAAUACUUUUCACUAUCUUCAACGCAACGAUGGGAUUAUGAUUCAUUUCACUUGUUCAUGCGCAUUCUCGGAUACGAAGAUGAUACAAUAAUCUUUAGAAAUUAUAUAAGACAGCUCAACGAUAUCAUAAAAGAUAAUAAUACAGAUACCGAAAAAAAAUUUAUUGCCACGCGCUAUAAAAAU